AUGGAGUUCACCCACGCCUUCUUCGCUGGCGGCCAGCCCUUUCAGCAGCAGUUCAUCGGAAUCCCCCCGCUGACGCCGUCCCACUCCAAUUCUGAGGAUUACAACAGGACAUCUCCGCCGGAGGGAUUUCCGGAUUUCCCUAACGACCAAUUCCAACACUUCGACGGCUACGCUGCUCAAUUUGCCACUCAACCGGACGUUUUCCCCGGUCCUCCAACUCCGCCGGAUCAACAUCAGCUUUCAGGCACCAUUCGAAACAGUCAGCCUUCGCUCCAGCCACAGUCCCUCUUGUCCCGACAUCCACCACCGCAUGCACCUGCCGCGGCCGCGGCCGCCCUGCCUACCAUAACGCUCGAUCCACACCGCCCUGUUGAUGCCCUGUCCUUUACCAAGACCGAGCCCGCCGAUGACGUCGCUGCACAACAGGCUCAACAGCAGGAGCAGAGCCGGAGAGCUGGCUCCAACUCUGACGAGGAUGAGUUGACCCCUGCUCAAUCCCGCCGCAAGGCACAGAAUCGGGCUGCGCAACGGGCUUUUCGUGAACGAAAAGAACGCCAUGUCAAGGACCUCGAGGCUAAGCUGGCUUCUCUCGAGGCAGCCCAGCAACGAACAGCCACAGAAAACGAGAGGUUGAAGCAAGAUUUGCAAAAGGUCAGCACGGAAAACGAGAUACUGCGGGCAACGUCGUCGUUGCAGGCUGCCGCUAUCACAGCGGGAGGCUCCCCGGGUAGUGACCACGCUGUUUCCCGCAAUGCGCCUCUGACCGCGGGUCCGAUGACCUACAAUCCCACCGAUUUCUACACCGAUUUACUAGCCAACCACGACAACAAGCUACCGAGCCAUCGCAUAGCUACGUCUGACGCGGGUGAGCGUCUCCUUGCCGCUGGCGCAACGUGGGAUCUCAUCAUAAGCCACUCUCUUUAUAAACGCGGGCUUGUCGACGUGGCCGACAUCAGCAACCGGCUCAAACACCAGGCCAAGUGCGAUGGUCAAGGUCCAGUUUUUGAAGAACGCGCGAUUAUUGCUGCUAUCGAGCAGAGUGUUGGUAGUGGCAGUGAUUCGCUGCUCUGA